AUGCAGAGUGCAAUGGGGAUUCAGGCUGACGACAAGGCAACCACUAACUUGAAACUUGAGCAUCUUGAGAAUUCGCAACGAAGCGAAGCAGUCGACCUCGAAGUGGAUUUGGCGGUAGCUCCUGAAGAAGCUCACUAUGGCACGGCAGGCGCGAAGGCCUUUCUGAGCUCGCCAUAUGUCCUCGGUGCUGCCCUUCUGGCAUCAAUGGGGGGUUUUUCAUAUGGUUAUGGUAAGUCGGAACCAGCUCUAAAAUUUGCAACCAUCAGCCACUAUACUGAUAUCCUCCAUCCGCCAGAUCAAGGUGUCAUUUCACUCAUCCUCGUCAUGCCACAGUUUCAGGCCCAGUAUCCCGAGGUCGCACCCUCACAUGCGCAUUAUGGUUUCAAUACCGGUUUCAUGACUGGCAUGCUCUUACUCGGCGGCUUUUUGGGAUGCCUCUUCUACCCCUACGUGGCGGAUAAGUGGUCGCGAAAAUGGGCCCUCACUGUCGCGGUUGGCUUUUUCGACCUAGGGGCGAUCAUUCAAACAGCUUCUAUGAAUUAUGGCACGCUUGUAGCUGGCCGCUUCAUCGGAGGAAUUGGAGUUGGAACCUUGGCUAUGGGUGCUCCCCUCUACAUAUCUGAGAUAUCCCCUCCUGAGAUGCGCGGCUCACUCUUGGUACUCGAGGAACUCACCAUUGUCAUCGGCGCUAUCAUUUCUUAUUGGGUGACAUACGGCACACAGUACUUGGCUGGGAGUGCAGCAUUCCGUGUGCCGUUUGGUCUGCAAAUGGUUUCAGCGACCCUGCUUGGGAUGGGCAUCCACUUCUAUCCAUACUCUCCACGAUGGCUGGUUAUGACGGACCAGCACGAUAAGUCUUUACGUGCGAUUUCGAAAUUGCGUCGUCUACCACCCACUGACCGUCGUGUGCAAGCGGAGUGGCAGUCAAUCAUUGGUGAGGUUAACUUCCAACGAGAGCUUGCGCAGAAACAGCAUCCGGGUGCUACUGGUCCAAAGCUGGAACUACUUCGCUGGUGCGAUCUCUUUGGGAAGAAGGUCCGAAAGAGGACCGCAGCUGCAGUCGGAAUUUGCUUUUUCACCCAGUUCUCAGGAAUAAAUGCUUUUGUCUAUUACGCACCCACUCUAUUCACAUCCCUUGGCCAAAGCAGCCACAACAGCGUGAUUUUGGCUGGCAUGAUCAACAUUGGUCAAUUCGUCGGUGUGGUGCCGGCCAUGGUUUGGAUGGACAACAUCGGCCGACGCCCUCUGGCCAUCUGGGGAGCCGUCGGUAUGGGCACAGCGCAUGUAAUCAUGGCUGCUGUGUACGGAAAGUUUGGUAAUGACUGGCCAAGCCACCCCACUGCUGGAUGGGUUUGUGUCGCCUUCGUCUAUGUUUACGUCGUCGUCUUCGGACUCUCCUAUGGCCCGCUUAUCUGGACACUGCCGAGCGAAGUAUAUCAGAAUGUACACAGAGCAAAAGGUGUUGGUCUCGCUGUGGCCGUGAGCUGGCUUGCCAACUUCGUCAUUGGGGUUGUAGUGCCACCAAUGAUCGAGAGCAUAACAUACGGAACCUUCAUCUUCUUUGCGGUGUUUUGUGCCUUGUCAGCAGUCUUCAGUUACUUCUUGGUGCCAGAGACAGCGAAUAAAACCUUGGAGCAGUUGGACAAGGACAUUGCAUAG